GAGUUCUUACAUGAAGUUUAGUCUAAAUCAUUUCGAGAGAUCUCUAGACACUUCCACAUAACCCGAGAGGCAGCUCCCGUAAUAUAAUCUGCACUAAAAAUUCAAAUUUUGUUACCUUUUGUCCUCAAAAGACGCGAUAUAAAUCGCUUUUGGUGAGCAUCGGAUUUCGUUCAGCUCUUGUCUCAACAGCUGGCUAUCAUGUCCUUGGUCAGCUCAACGCUCGGACCGAUUCCGUAGCUGAAGAUAUAAAGUUCCCCGCGUUGCCAAAAACAGUUCGAUUUUCCACCAUUAACCUGCCAGGAUCUGUGGAUUGGGGUGCGGUACUUGUACAUCCAAUUGAUCAUCUCACCAUAAGGUUUAACCGGCAUACAAUGACUCGACGAAAAGGGCUGAAAGGACAGAAGAGGGUUCGUUCUGACAGAAAGUUCAACUCAAGAUGGUUCUGGACUGUCGCCACCGCUUCCUUCUCAUGAUUCGACCUGGCUGCGAUUUGCAGAGUACAAUUUGAUCAUGUUCCGUUCGUGGAAUUCAUAUGCAUUCCACGCGGCAUGUAUAUCUACCAAGAGAUUACCUACCUUGAAUUCGUGUGUAAUCGAAUCCAUCCUUGGAGAUAAACCUUAUCACAUCUGAUAACCAGAUAGGCCCAAUAGAAUCUCACCAUGGCAUCACUACCACCGUCGUCAAAAUGGUAAAAUGAAUGCAGGAAAUUGCUUCUGUAUUGGUUCUAACUUGUACUUAUCCUAAAGGUUGGUGUAGCCGCCUCUGUGUCUCAUAACCCCCGCAGAUAUCUCCCAAUCAAUUGCGGAGUCCUCGACAGACAAUUUAUAUAUCGCGCAUGAGCCUGUCCGAACAAAGUUCUGUCGCUUUUCCGUGUACUAUAUACUACAUCGUGAAUCUCUUUACCUAGGAAAUAUCCGGUACCUAGGGUUCCAAGUACCUUUCACGAGAAUGAAUACGACAAUGAUUGACGAGGAAAAGAAAACAUCUUCGACAACUUCCCCACCGGGCUCUAAUGAGCUGGAUAAUCUGGAAGCACUUGGAUAUACUGAAGAGCUUCAACGGAAUCGAUCGUUGUUUACUCUUCUCUUUCAAUCGCUUGCAAUUGCAGCAAUACCCUAUGGAGAAGGUGGACCGCUGAUUAAUGCUAUAUAUGGAGGGGGUCAGCUUUCCAUAUUUGUUGGUUGGAUCGUGGUUCUUAUUUUAGAUGAAUGCGUGGCUUUAUCAUUGAGUGAACUUGCAUCGAGGUAUCCAACCUCCGCUGGACCUUAUUAUUGGUCUUUCCAGGUAGCAAAGAGACACAAGACUAUACUCUCGUUCAUCACAGGUUGGGUAUGGCUCAUUGGAAAUUGGACAAUCACGUUAUCCGUCAACUUUGGCUUUGCUUCGCUGAUAUCCGCAACUGUUGCCAUGUAUCAUCCAGAUUUUGUUGCAUCUAGCUGGCAGCUUACCCUCAUCUUUUAUGCCAUUUGUCUCCUCACAUUUGUGAUAUGCACAUUUGGCAACCGCUUCCUACCCAUGGUUGAUACAAUAUGCGCUGCUUGGACAGCCAUUAGUAUCCUCAUCAUUCUCAUCGCUCUUUCGGUCUCAGCGAAGGAAGGCCGGCAUAGUGCUAGCUACUCUCUUGGAAAUUAUGAUACCUCUUUCGCUGGGUGGGGAGGCUUCACUUUCUUUAUCGGUCUUCUACCAGCUGCGUACACCUUCUCGGCGAUUGGCAUGAUCUCCUCAAUGGCAGAAGAAGUUUCCAAUCCCACGAUCAAAGUUCCAAAAGCAAUAGCACUAUGCGUUCCCAUUGGUGGAAUAGCUGGUCUGUUUUUUAUCAUCCCGAUCUGUGUAACGAUGCCACCUCUCGCUGAUGUCAUUGGCGCACCUAAUGGUCAAGCAAUCCCGUACAUCUUCAACAGAGUCAUGGGCUCUCCUGGAGGUGGCCUAGGUCUUACAUUUUUGGUACUUGGCAUUACUAUGUUCUGCUCAAUUAGUAUAACAACCGCCGCAUCACGCUGCACCUGGGCAUUCGCUCGUGACGAGGCAAUCCCCGGCUCUAAAAUUUUCUCGGUUGUCAAUAAAUCUUUAGGCGUACCAGUAAAUGCUCUCAUAUUUGUUACUAUCGUUCAAAUGCUCCUAGGUCUUAUUAACCUCGGUAGUAGCAGUGCAUUUACUGCUUUUGUUUCAGUAGGCGUUAUAGCGCUUUCAAUUUCGUACGCCAUUCCAAUUGGUUUAUCGUUACUAUGGAAUAGAAGACGAGAAGUAUCUCGCGCACGGUGGAAUUGUGGGCAUAUGGUCGGAGCGACUGUAAAUGUAGUGGCCUUGGUAUGGAUUGCCUUUGAGGUGGUUCUGUUUAGUAUGCCCACGGCAUUGCCUGUCACAAAGGUAUCGAUGAAUUAUGCAAGUGUAGUGUUAGUGGGAUUUAUGGCAAUAGCGGCAGUCUGGUAUGCUGCCUAUGCUAGGAAGGUGUACAAAGGACCACCAGCUUCAGAUGGGUUGUGAGACUCGUAAUUCUUGACCUACACUGACAAACACUUAUCUUUCUUUUGAGUUCUUCUUUUCUUAUAAUUCUCCUGUGGAUGUAGCUAGUCGCUUUGCAUGUGAUUAUCUAUAUAUAUAAUAAAUGAGCUUUGUAUCUACAUAAUAAUAUUGCUGAUGUUCCCA